AUGUCCGAGAACGAAGAGGCGAGACGACAGACGGAUGCGAUCUUGACCCAGGCGGCGGAAAUCUGCGCGAGAUCGGCGCCGCCGGGAACGACGCCGAUCGAGCAGCUCCUGGACGCGUUCUUCGGGUUCCUAGACGCGCGGACGGAUUUCUUUGAUGACGUCGAACGGGCGGGACGGGCGGUGGGCGACGCGCUGGGGCGAACGAGCCGAGGACGCGACGCGCGGGCGGCGAUGCGGGCGGCGGAGCGCGAGGCGCGCGAGGCGAGCGAGCGAACGACAAAGGCGGCGCGCGAAGCGGCGCGCGCGCGAGAGGCGCGGGAGAGUGAGAAACAACGCGUCGAGGCGCUGAAACAACGACAGUUGGAGAUGGCGAUGAAGAAGAGCGAGGGGAAGUUGACGGAGAUCGCGGAGGGCGACGCGGCGGCGGCGAACGAGGCGAAGGCGGACGACGACGACGAAGAGGAGGAUCCGAACGCGUUGAAGCCGGGAACGAUGAUGCCGAACAAAGGGAACGGCGGGGACGCGGAAAAAUACGUGUGGACGCAGACGUUGGACGACGUGGACGUGCGCGUGGCGGUUCCGCCGGGGACGAAGUCAAAGCAGGUUCGGUGCGACUUCACCAUGGAUACGUUUUCGUUUCACCUCGUCGACGCGAGCGGAAAGAGAAUCGAACCGGCGUUCGAGGGUAAAUUCCACGCCCCGAUCGCGCCCGAUGAUUGUUAUUGGACCCUCGAGGACAACGCGUACGUCGUGUGCUUUUUGCAAAAGCUCAAGACGUCCGAGUGGUGGCCGUGCGUGCUCGUCGGCGACCCCGAGAUCGACACGAGAAGGGCCGAGCCCGAGACGAGCCGUCUCGCCGAUCUCGACGGGGACACUCGAGCGACGGUGGAGAAGAUGAUGUACGACCAGCGUCAGAAGUCGCUGGGUUUGCCCACCGCCGACGAGCAGUCCAAACACGACGCGCUCAAAAACUUCAUGGCGGCGCACCCGGAGAUGAAUUUCGACAACUGCAAGUUUGACGGCGUGGACAAUUUCCGACCCAAUUGA